AUGCCGCGUAAUAAUGCCCGUCGUAAAAGUCAGAUUAGUGACAGUGAAGAAGUGGCAGACGUUUCCUUCUCCAGUGAGAACCAGUUCGCGUCACUAUUGACCGCUUUCGCAAAGGUUCAAGCGGAGUUCAAUAGUCAACUCGUAGCAGCUAUCCUAGCAGCACAGUCAGGCGGCGCUGCUGGUUUCGUUUCGCCACCACCUUCACCACACACAUCACCUGCGAUAUUGGGUAACUUCGCCAAAUGCACGGCCCGGUUCCGCGGCGACACUGACGCCGACCUUGCGGUCUUGGAGGCAUUCAUCGAUAAUAUCGAAAUUUAUAAAGAGUGUAUGAGUAUACCUGACACUAUAGCACUAAAGGGCUUGCCGAUGCUCCUAGAGGGAGAUGCUGCCGUGUGGUUUAGAGGUAUUCGAACCUCAGUAACUUCGUGGGAAGAAGCUAUGAGUCGCUUGCGUGCUAUGUAUGGUACGCCGCGGCCACCACACAAAGUGUUCCGUGACAUAUUUAAGUCCGAGCAAGAUGCUGAUCGCACAGAAGUGUUCGUGGCCCGCCUGCGCGCCCUUCUCACUACGUUACCUUAUGUAUUAGAAGAACGAGUACAGCUAGACAUUAUAUAUGGGUUACUAAACAGAUCUAUAAGGAAAAGAGUUACGAGAGAGAGUGUAACUACGAUAGAAGAACUUAUAUAUAAAGCCCGUAAUGUCGAAGAAGCGUUAAGUGAAGCAAAUAAACUGUCGUCGAAGUCGUCGUCAACUGUUACGCAGUCAGCGCGCGAUUCCAUAAGUCGUGCGCAUUGCGCGCCAACAGCGCGCGCCAUAACGCCUGUGCGCGAGCAGCGUGCACCGCCGCACGCAGCGCGCGCGCCGCCCGGUGCGCGUCCACGCGCCGAAGCGCAGCGUCCCGCCCCUACGGCGCCGGCCCCGCAGCCGGAUAGUGCCGACUUCGCGCCUUCUACGUCCAGUGCUCCGGUAGUAAGUUCUACCAAACGAGGUAAAUUUUGUGUCUACUGUCGUAAAUCAGGACAUGAUAGAAGUGCUUGUGAUAAGAAAAAAAGUGAUUUAAAGUGUUACGGUUGCGGUACCAAAGGUACCAUUAGAUCCAAUUGUGACAACUGUAAGUCUAAAACAUUUUACUCUCUUUCUGAAUAUAAUAGUCUAAGUAGUAAUUGUAAUGUAGGUAACUUUAAAUCGUGUGACUGUCGUCAGGCGUCAAAGAAUGAAAAUUUGUGUUUAGAUAGAUGUCACACUCAGAGGUCAAAGAAUAUAAAACUGUCUCUGAGAGACACUUUUCAUAAUAGUACCCAAUGUUGUAGUAAUAAGUUGUGUGAUUGUAACUAUAUGUCAGAGAAUAUAAAUGUGUCUCCGAGAGACAAUGUUAAUGUAGGUAGCAAUGUUAAAACUGAUAAUUUAUGUAAUCAAUGUUUAAAUGUAUCUGCGAAACCACGAAAAAGACAGUUUUAUGGAAAUCAACACUCUAAUAAAAAUGAAGAAAAUACGGAAGCGCAAAGUACAAGUGCGAGAAAACUCUCUAACGCUGACGAAGAAAAUUAUCAUUACAGUCCGCUUCUAGGCUAUCGAUUUAUCGAGUUUUUUACCGUGUUUACAGCAUUGUCAGAGAUUUUGAUAUGUCGUGAUUGUAAAUUACCUGUGAAAUUUGAAGAAAGUGCUAACAGAGGUUUAGGUUUUAAAAUCGUCGUGAUAUGCAAGUGUGGCCUCAAAAACAUUUCUUCUGGACCAUUAAUCAAUAAUGGAUUUGAAGUAAAUCGCAGAAUAGUGUUAGUCAUGCGUCUUUUAGGUGUUGCUAGAGAGGGAAUUAACUUAUUUUGUAAUAUGAUGGACAUUUGUAAUGGUAUAUCUGAAAGUACAUACAAUGCUAUCAUCUCGCUGUUACACACCACUACACAGUCGUUAUUUCAAGCUUCUUGUGUAAAAGCUGUCGGCGAAGAAAAACGUGAGAACGAAAAGCAUGAGCGGCCAAUCUUAAAUUUAAAAGUUUCUGGGGACGGUACAUGGAAAAAGCGGGGUUUUAAAUCGAUGUAUGGGGUCACAACCCUUAUUGGAUAUUACUGUGGUAAAGUAAUUGAUUUAGCCGUUAAAAGUAGUUUCUGUGCAGGUUGUGCUCGUUGGAAAAAUAAAACUAACACUGAAGAAUAUCGUGAGUGGUUCGAAGAACAUGAACCAAACUGCCAAGAAAACCAUAAAGGUUCUUCUGGUGCUAUGGAAGUCGAAGCUGUAAAGGAAAUGUUUUCACGAUCUGAAGAAUUAUUUGGUGUCAAAUACGGAAACUACAUAGGAGAUGGAGAUUCAAAAACCUUCAAAGGAAUUCUUGAUUUGAAUCCGUAUGGCGACGAAUUUCGAGUUGUGAAAAGUGAAUGCAUCGGCCAUGUUCAGAAGAGGAUGGGUACUCGUCUCCGAAAAACUAAAAGAGACAAUCAUCUGGGCGGAAGAGGUAAAUUGACGGAAGCAUUAAUUAAAAAAUUAUCGUUAUAUUACGGAUUGGCCAUUCGAAGAAACGUUAAUAGUGUAAAAGACAUGAAAGAUGCGAUCAUGGCCACUUACUAUCACAUGUGCUCUACAGAUGAUAAACCAAGUCACGAGUACUGUCCAUCUGGUUCCGAUAGCUGGUGCAAGUGGCGCAAAGCUGAAGCUUUAGGAGAAAAUCCCAAAGAAAUUAAACAUCCAACUCCAUUACAUCCUGAUGUUCAACCUCAUAUUAAGCCAAUUUUUGACGAUUUAUCUCGGGAUGACUUGCUUGAAAGAUGUUUAGGAGGUCACACUCAGAAUGCAAAUGAAAGUUAUAAUUCUACUGUCUGGCGCCUCUGUCCAAAACAUCUCAACUCUGGACGGAAGAUCGUAGAGAUUAGUGCUUUUAUAUCUGCAGGGUUGUUCAAUGAUGGGUUAAAUUUUAUCUUACAACUUAUGAACUCACUGCAAAUUGUUAUUGGCCGCCAAUCCAUGUCAUAUAAAGAGAAAAUCGAUGAGCAAAGAGUGAAUCGAGAAAAUCGCCGCAGCUCUUUGACCACCAAACAAGCUCGUCAAGCAUGUCUGCAGGAACUUGCAAAGAAAAACGAGUUCCUUGAACGCUUAACUAGAAGAUAUAUGUUUUAUGAACACGUACAAACUAAUUUUUUUGAUUUCAGAUCACCGUACGAAAAGCGAUUACAUGUAUCGCCCCCCUUAAAUAUUGAGGUAUAUGGGUUUCGUGGUACGGGUUUAAUAGAUACCGGUGCUAAAUGUUGUGUUGCUGGUAGCACUCUUUAUUUUUUACUUCAACAGCAACAGCAUCUCUUUUGAGAGGAUUUGUUGACAGUUAAACUUGCUGAUGGUUUAAUUCGCGAUGUAAAUGUAAAGCUCGUGGAUGUAAAUGUUCAACUUGCAGGUAUGCUAAUACCUACCACUUUUGUUAUUUUCCCCGACGCGAGUAAUAAUGAAACAUUGUUAGGCAUUGAUUUUUUGCGUAAAGCCCGUAUAGUCCUUAACUUACCUGAGAAUUACUGGUUCACAGCUGAUCGCCCCGAGGUCAUUCACCCCUUGUGUUUUGAGUCAUGUGGUGACGUAAUUGGAUGUGCAGCCACAAAUGUUUUGCGGCCAGAUGAGGGUUCCAUGCUAUCUCCACCAGAGAAGAUUAGACUCAGUGAGCUACUCCAAGAAUAUGAAGACAUCUUUGGAGAAGGGGGAGGGCCUACGCCUUUUGCGGAGCAUUGUAUAGAGACUGGGGAGCAUGCGCCUAUUGCUGUACCUCCGUACCGACUUACGCCCGCCAAGAAAGCUGUUAUGCAAGAACAAUUAGAGCAUAUGAUCCAACAAGGUAUUAUUGAGGAAUGCGAGUCUGCAUGGGCGGCGCCAGCUCUUUUAGUACCUAAGAAGGAUGGGUCAUAUAGAUUUUGCGUAGAUUAUAGGAGACUGAAUGCUAUUACAAAGAGUGACGCUUAUCCGUUGCCUGUUAUCGACGAUUUGCUGCAGUACACAGGUAAAAGUUGUUACAUGAGUACUGUGGACCUGCGGUCCGGUUACUGGCAGGUUUCCGUUCGUAUGGAGGAUCAGGAUAAAACUGCGUUCGUGACUCCCUUCGGAAUGCAUAGAUUUAGGCGCAUGCCUUUUGGUUUACGCAACGCACCAGCCACCUUCCAGCGGCUCAUCGAUAGAUUCCGGUCGGGAGCAACUCUCAAGGACGUUACCAUUCUAGGAUACAUAGAUGACCUCAUAAUAAUCUCAGCCAGCUACGAACAACAUCUUCGGGAUCUUCGUGCCGUAUUUGAACGUCUCCGUACUUUCUGCCUGCACGGUAAUCGCGAUAAGUGCAUGUUUGCGCGUGACAGUGUCAAGUAUCUUGGGCACGUUAUUACACCCGAGGGAGUAUCACCAGAUCCAGUCAAGGUCGCUGCCAUCUUGGAGAUGAAGGAGCCACGUAACUUGAAGCACCUGAAAAGUUUCCUACAAACUGCUUCUUGGUUUAGGAAAUUUGUUCCGAACUUUUCUAAAGUCGCGCAGCCGUUGACAUUGCUGACAAAGAAGACCCAGCCAUGGAUAUGGGAGGAAAACCAAGCCGCUGCGUUCACGGAACUUAAGAAAUUACUUACGUCCGCUCCGAUACUUACGCAGCCAGACUACAGUCUUCCUUUUGUUCUCAGGACCGACGCUAGCAAUUAUGCCUUGGGGGCUGUUCUACUCCAGGGGGAGUCUCAACACGAAGAGUGUCCUAUUGAGUACGCCAGUCGUCUUCUAACUCACGCCGAACGAAACUACUCGACAACCGAGCGAGAGGCACUCGCUGUUGUUUGGGCCGUUGAGAAGUUCCGCGGUUAUAUUGAUGGACAUCCGGUGCACGUCGCUAGCGAUCAUCAGCCACUCAAAUGGCUGCUCACUCUCAAGUCGCCCACGGGUAGACUGGUCCGCUGGGCUAUGAAGCUGCAAUACUUUGACCUCAAAGUAGAUUACACUCCGGGUAAGGCUAACCUUAUUGCAGAUACCCUCAGCCGACCGCCAUGUGACGAAGUUGCUCGUGACAUCUGUGAGGUGUGUACCGUUGUAGUGGAAAUUCCGCGCUGGGAUGCUGCUACGCUCCGUGACGACCGCCGGUAG